UCCCGAGCACUCACGACAUGCUGGGCGUCACCGUCUUCACAGUGCUCCUGGCCUACACCUCCAGCUGCGGGGUCCCCAUCUUCCAGCCCAACCUAUCAGCCCGGGUGGUGGGCGGAGAGAACGCCGUUCCCCACAGCUGGCCCUGGCAGAUCUCCCUCCAGUACCUCAAGAAUGGCGUGUGGAGGCACACCUGCGGUGGCACCUUGAUCACCCCCAGUCACGUCCUCACAGCUGCCCACUGCAUCAGCAAUACCCUGACUUACCGCGUGGCCCUGGGGAAGAACAACCUGGAGGUGGAGAAUGAGGAAGGCUCCGUGUUCAUGGGCGUGGACACCAUCUUUGUCCACGAGAAGUGGAACUCCUUCCUAGUUCGCAAUGACAUUGCCCUUAUCAAACUGGCGGAGCCCGUGGAACUGAGUGACACCAUCCAGCUAGCCUGCCUGCCAGAGGAGGGUUCCUUGCUGCCUCAGGGCUACCCCUGCUACGUCACUGGCUGGGGCCGUCUCUGGACCAACGGCCCCAUCGCUGACGAGCUGCAGCAGGGCCUGCAGCCCGUGGUGGAUCACGCCACAUGCUCCCAGAGAGACUGGUGGGGCAACAACGUGAAGGACACCAUGGUCUGCGCCGGGGGUGAUGGCGUCAUCUCAGCCUGCAACGGGGACUCGGGCGGCCCACUGAACUGCCAGGCCAAGAACGGCUCUUGGGAGGUGCGGGGCAUUGUCAGCUUCGGCUCCGGGCUGAGCUGCAACACCCUCAAGAAGCCCACGGUCUUCACCCGCGUGUCCGCCUACAACAACUGGAUCAACGAGAAAUUACAGCUGUGAUUCAUCCCUGGGAGCCAAGGCCGCAAACCCCGGCAACCACAAUAAACCUCCUUUCCCCUCAA